AUGGCAGCGAUGACGUCUUCCACCUCGACUGAAGGUGGGCUCCGUUUCUUCUCGGGGGAUUCUGAGGAUGGCCGUGAGUACAAACGCUGGAAGCAAUGGGUGAAGAACAAACUGCUGACGCUUGACAAGUUGGCGGAGGGCUCCAGAGGGGCCUACAUAUACACCCUUCUCUCUGGCAAGGCCUUGGAGGCCGUGGAACACCUAGAUCCCGAAGGCUACCAGAAGAAGGGCGGCGAUGAUGCCCUAUGGGCCAUUUUAGACAAGCGAUUCCCUCAGCAGGAGACAGUGGAUGAGUUGGGGGAGAUCCUGAACGAGAUCUUUGGACUUCGCUCACAUGAGGGCGAGUCCAUGAGACAAUGGACCGCCAGGGCAUCCGAGCUGAUGGACAAAUGUCACCGCAAGACUGGAGUCUCAUUCCCGGAUGAGGCCAGGGGAUGGCUGCUACUCCAUCGAGCUGCUUUGACGGAAGAGCAAAAGGCGGUGGUGAUCGCCAGGGCUCGAGGUGACUUGAAGCGGGAAUCCAUCGCCUCCGCACUUCGAUCCUGCUACCCGGAGCUGGUCAUGACUCGUAAGCGUGCAGGAGUGGCUCUGGCCGAGGAACAGGAUGGGGGCGAUGACACUGCUGAAACAUGGGAUGAUGGUUUUUCCGACGUUGAGCAGUUGUUGGAAGACCACCAUGCUGGUGUCGAGGCGGGACCCGACACCGAGACCUUUCAGGAGUCCGAAGUCGCUGAGGUUUUGGCCGCCACCUGGAAAGAAAAGAGGCACGAGUUGAACCGCCUUCAGAAAACACGUCAGUUUCAGAAGGCACGAGAUGUCAAACGAAGCUUUCGGGUGGAGAUUGAGGAGAUGAAGAGGAACUCCACUUGCAAUCGUUGCGGCCGCAAAGGCCAUUGGGCACGAGAAUGCCGUUCAAAAGAGACGACCAAAGGAGCUGGCAAGUCAAAGACUUCUGGAUCUAGCGCUGCAUCCGGUGCAGCGGUGGUGCAAGAACUGGAUUUUGUGGCCGCAGUGAUGGCUACACCUACGUUGCUGGAGCAAGUUCGCAAGCAUGUGAAUGAGAAGAGUCAGCUCAAUGCUCCAGCCACCACAGAGGAGAUUCUGCUUGUGUCGUCCCCAGGCUAUGGUGUCCUGGAUUCCGGCUGUGGUCGAACCAUUGUUGGGCAGACCACCCUCCGUGCUUUUGAGAAGAUUUGGAAGCAGAAGGGAUGGGCAAUUCCAAAGCCCAUCGAUGAAGUACAUCAAUUCAAGUUCGGAAAUGGUGAAGUGGAGACAUCCUUGGUCUCCAUUCAGAUGCCUGUCGUCUUAGCUCAUCGCCGAGGUGUGAUUCGUGCUGCAGUGAUCAAGGGUGAUGCUCCAUUGUUGUUGAGCCGCACAGCACUCAAAACAUUGGGUGCGACUCUGGACUUCGCACAUGACAGCCUCCAGGUGUUUGGAAAGACAAUUCCCCUCCAAACCAACAGUGCUGGACAGUAUGUAGUGCAAUUGACUGGGGAAGAUUCCUUGUGUUCGCCCGCAGCCGCUUUUACAGAAGUGAUGGCAUCUGUGGAGGCCUCUCCAGGUCCCACGGCAUCUCAUGAGCAUGUUGAUGAGCCGCAGCUUGAGCCGGAAAUGCCUGCGGCAAAUGCCCCCGAGUUGACCUCGCCGUCAGCACCUGACACGGCGAUUUGGGAGCAGGAGGACUGUGAUGUCGUCACCACCCCAUGGUUGUCUCGCCAAGGGCCAGCAUGGAAGCAUGUGUUUCGUAGGAGCGCCGUUGAGCAAGAGCUCAUGACGGAGAAGCCACGUCUUCUGGUGUUGUGCCCGCCGUGCACCGACGAAGGACAUGAAGCCCCAUGGACUCCCGCUGCAUGGCGAAGCUACCGCCUACAGAGGGCGGUAAGCAGCACGCUGGCCGCAGAAAGCCAAGCUAUGUCAGUCGCUUCAGGAACUGCAGAGUGGAUCUUGUUGCUUUUGGCUGAGACCAUAGAUGGCCCCUUGCAGAUUCGCAAUCGCAUUUUGGAACGAUUCAUCGAAGUGCCUGCUUUUCAGCGGUUUCCUCCCAGCCUCACCAUGGCUGGUACCAGUCAGCGUUUGUCCUCAGCAGUUGAUGAGUUGCUGCAGAGGGUCCGAGAUGAAGGAUCCAUGGACUCCCUCCUGAAGGAGCUGGGGUAUGAGUUGGGUGAAUUCGAGCUUGUUCGUGAAUCCGAAGGUCAAGGAAGUAUGACGGAUGCUUCCAAGAGGCGCAUGAUUGAUGAAGUCUCACCACCACCACAGAUGCCUAUGGUUCGAGCAGCCAAGACUCGUGCCUCGUCCAAGCUGCCGUCCGGAGUGAACAGCAUGGAAGAGUGGGGCCGUACACUGGUAACGGCCGGGAAGUUCGAGAAGCACGAGAUUUCUUACUCAGAGCUGGCAUCAUCGAGUGAGACCUCCAAGGUCAAGUAUGUGCAGUGGAUGAUCCAUCAGAGUGGCCGCAGUGACCUCUCACCGGUGGUUCAGGACAUGGCUGAUUAUUUUGUGGCCAAUGCCCGAGAGAAGGAAGGACAUGGCCCGUGCAUCCCCGGCUCGAGUGUGGUCCGGAAGUUCAAAAGCUGA